GCCCUGACCGAACAUCAGAGCACAUUCACCCGCUAGGGCCGAAGUUUACCAGCUAACCGAAUUGUUGGCUGCCACGCUCAUGUUUCCAUCCCGUCAAGGCUCUCACCGGAGACUAAGCAAGUAGCGCGGAUUAAGAUUUCAGACGAGAAAGGUUCCAGAAGAUGGGGUUGCGAGAUUGAGUUCUCAGCCUUGAAAAGAAAAAGGACUUCCAUGGUUUUGCCGGGUGGUCCUUGCGUCAUUGGCUCGAUUCGAAAAGUGGUGGUCAAACUCGUAGCGCUUAUCGAUAUGCACACCUGGAAGACUGAGCAAAUUUCCUUUUAGUGAUGGCCAACACGCGUUCACGUGCCUCCAUCUGCAACGUAUCGGCUAGCCAAUCGCAGACUUUGAAGCUGUCGACUGCACAAACGCGUCCAGCUGCGCGACUACUCGAGUGCUAAAUAUGGAACCGCAUACACGAUUUGCUGUCACGGCGUGGCGCGAUAGUCAGGAGCUGCUUCAGCUGCGCCAGGACCUGUACAGUCCAGAAACUAGUAGGAAAGAGAAAGCAGUUAACAAGGUGUUUGCUUGGCGACUACGGAAACCUGAUGGAUUGCCACUGCUGCUAGACUCGACAGCAGACAUUGUGGAUGUAGUGCUUCAAGAUGCACGGGGCGGUUUGCAACACAACGCACUGCGGCUGCUGUAUGCUACUGCGAUAUCAAGGUUCGUAACCGGCAUAGCAGAUACGCAAAUUGACUUGACCCGCGACCGCCCCUCAUGGUUCCCCCCAGGGAAAUCCCUUCAACUCCCCAUUACCCUCCUGGAAAUCCGCCACCGCAUCGUCCACCGGCACCUCCCUUCCCUCGCAGAGCUAAAGCGGGCUGCUACCGAGUCGCUCGAGUGGCUCUGGGAGUGGUACUGGAUCCAACUGGACCAUGCAUUCAAGACCGGCAGUGCACUCGUCGCGGCAGAAGAAGAUGAAGAACUCGGUGUCCAGAGCAGGGAAGCGGUGCGAGAGAAACUCCAGAGUAUCCUCAAAGCAUAUGUCAAAGAGCGGAAAAGUGAGAUCAAGAAUAGGAAGAAAGACGACACCAAAGCUGCCGAAACAGCUCUGUCCACAUACAAUCUUCGUUUUGCCCCCAAUGCUACGACGAUACCUUCUUCGCACACACAACGCGCGCUACUAGAGCUACUAGUGCAAGGGAAGAUGAUAUUACCCACGGAUAAAAAGUUGGGCAGUACCAUGUCUGGCGCAUUUAUCAUCUGGACACCUUUGUUACGCGCUUUCUCCAACAGCGUCUUGAACUUUGCGGGACUGGUUGCGCAUCUUACAGGUUUCAUGAAUGCUCUGUCAAGGGAAAUGGUGCACCCGGAGAUGGAUCCUGUUCGGGAGGGUCUGCAUGAAUGGGCACUACAUCUCCUCACGUCAAAGGACUGGGCAGCCUUGAGACAAACCGCGAAGAAUGAUGUUGUGGCACUGACUCUUAGUCACUGUUUCUCGGAUCCUACAUUUUGGAAUUUGAAACUGGCUGACAAGUUACUGGAGGAGGGAAGUGUAUCGAAUGAGAAAUCAUGGCGGGCAGUGCUUGAUGCUGCUAGGGCGGAUGGGACUGGUGAGAAGAUGGAUGUCGAUGUUCAAGUCGAGAGCAUUGAGCGGGCCUUACCGGUUAGAGAAAAUGAAGGCAAAGAGGAUGUGGUCAAGAAGAAGGUCAAGGGGCCAACCAAGAUGCUGGGCAUGUGGAAACCCAAGCCUAUCGGAUGGUUGCCUCAGGGUUGGGAGGACGAUGAAUGAAGGGAUCGACCUAAAAGUAAUAGGGCAUUCUGUCACUAUGAUGCAAAUACUCGAUUGGUACAUGAUUUGGGCAGACGUAGUAAGAAGAGUACCCGUCUUUGGGUAAAACGUAGAUUGUUCGACCAUGUUCGCUACACAAUCAUUGUCUGUGACCAAGUUUACUCUUUCGGUCACCCGUUCGCAUUUCAGUAUCUCCCCCGGUUUAUUGUACA